AGUUCGAAACAUUAGUUCAUAGCAAACGCAUUGAAGCAAACAAAAAAACGCAAGUAAAAGAAAGUCGUUGUAGAAGUAGUGAAAUAUAAAAUUAAUUUUGUCAAUAUGAGCGAUUGCUGGAGAAUUGCUGGAGCCAUUGCUCUUCCCAAUUUGGGAGGCAUAAUGGGAAGCAUAGUGACUCGUAAGAAUCUAGAUCCGUGGUACAAGGGUUUGAAAUUCCCCUCAUAUCGUCCACCGAACUGGAUUUUCGGUCCAAUGUGGACUUCGCUCUAUUCGGGCAUGGGUUAUGCUUCUUAUUUGGUGUGGCGGGAUGGCGGCGGUUUCUCAGGUGACGCGCAAUUGCCCCUUUUGGCCUAUGGAACACAGCUGGCAUUGAAUUGGGCCUGGUCACCAAUAUUCUUUGGUCAUCAUAACAUUAAAGGAGGUCUUAUCGACAUCGCUGCUUUAACGGCUACUGCCUCUGUCUGUGGUGUUCUAUUUUAUCGAGUCAACAAAAUCGCGGGCUACUUGUUCAUUCCCUACAUUGCAUGGCUCGGCUUUGCUUCGAUGUUAAACUACUCCAUGUACAAACUGAACGUUGAGUCAAAAGAGCAGCCCCCUAAAGCCGCUGAGAGUUCAAAACAUGCCUAAACAUAUUGAGCGAUGUGAUGUGCUGUGCUUAUUGAAAUGUUAUUAAAAUAUUUGUUACAUUUGUAUGUUGUUUGUAUGUGUGUAUGUAUGAUUGAUGGAAAUUAUAGUAUUUUUGUGAACAAAAACAGAA